CCAUUCAAGAAUGGCUCCAUAUUCCACCUCUUACAUUGGCAAUACACCGGCUCGAAUCAGAAAUCAGAGGCGGAGAUGCAACGCCUUAUCGACAUCAUUACCGAGCCAGAUUUUGACGCAAACGAGCUGAAGGGAGUGCGCAUCGCAAGCGAGUGGAAGCAUGUUGAAGCUGUGACUACUGCUGACGCCAACGGCAUAUUCAAACCAGCGGACGGUUGGAAGAAGGCAUCAGUCAAGAUACCUCUUCCGAAAGAGAGAGAGGAAUUUCCAUCCGAGGCUGACGCUCCAAUGCUCAAUGUUCCAGACGUGUACCAUAGAAGUCUUCUGGAGAUCAUCAAGUCCGUAUGCAUGGAUGAUGAUGCUAGCUUUUAUCACUGGCAUCCCUUCAUGCUUUACUGGCGGCGCCCACGACCGGAUUCCUCAGACGAUGGCAGC